AUGUUAUUCAGAAAAGAUCGCGUUUCCAGUCGAGGAAGUGGGGUGGCUAUUUAUGUCGACACUUCAUUAAAACCUAAUGAAGUAAGCGAUAUUGUUUUAUUAGAUUCCCCUGAACAAAUUUGGUGCGAAAAAUCGUACGGUUCCGAACACAUCCUUCUGGGUUGCAUAUACAGGCCACACAUGCUAGAUCCACUCGAGAAUAUCGAAGCGUCCAUUAUUAAAGCAAAUGAACUUCUGUCUAAAAUAUACAGCGGCUUGUUGAUUUGUGGAGACUUUAAUUUGCCAGGAAUUAACUGGGGUUCGAGCAGUAUCCCAACUAUCAGCAACACAGAUACCCUUUCAAGUAAUUUUAUUGACAUCCUUGCCGAGUCGUUUUUGAUACAAUUUGUUACUAAGCCCACUUUUCAACUUGAUGAAAUAACAUCGAACAACACUCUUGGUCUAAUUAUAGCCGAAAAUGAAAAUCGGGUCCUCGAUAUUAUUCAGCAUGCACCUUUAACGUCUCUGAAGAAAUCUCACCACGUCCUUCAAUGGGAUUACGUUGUUAAAAGCGCUGCAGUUGUAGGAAAACACAUUAAAAAACGCAUUUAUCAUAAAAGUAACUUUGUAAAGAUAUCCGAAUAUUUUAACAAUAUCAACUGGCAGAUGGAAUUCAAUGGACGCAAUACUGAUGACUGUUAUAACAUUUUUCUGAACCACUACGAGGCUGCAUGCAAAACUUCUGUCCGAGUGACUAAAUCAAAAUGGAUUUGUCGUAUAAGCGAAUGGAUGAAUGACGACAUCAAGAAUAAAAAUAAACUAUGGUUUCGAUGUAGAGCGAAUGGAUAUAAAAAUCUUAAACUAGUUAACGAAUACAAAGUGUGUAAUAUUCAAUUGAAGAAGCUCAUAAAUAAAGGUCGUUGUGAGUUUGAACUUGAUUUAGCGAUAAAAUCGAAGCACAACCCAAAGAUCCUGUUCAAGUAUGUUAAUAGCAAACAAAAUGUUAGAACUACAAUAACAGCCUUAAAAAGAAUCAAUGGCGACACCAUCACAAAUCCAAUAGAAAUUGUAAAUCGGCUGAGCAAUCAUUUUCAAAGUGUUUUCAACAAAAAUGAAGACGAUGAACUGCCAUAUUUUAUUAAACGAACUGAAGCCAUCUGCAAAUACUCGCAAAUAACGCAAGAUCUGGUUAAAAACAAGCUGAGCGAUUUAUCAGUUGAUAAAACCGUUGGUUUGGAUGGUGUAAACGCAUAUGUACUGAAGAAUUGUUCUAACAGCUUCUCAAUACCUUUAUGCACAAUUUUUCAGAAAUCGCUAGAUAGUGGGUGUUGUCCUGAAGUAUGGAAAAAAGCUAAUGUAACACCACUGUUUAAAAAUGGAAGUAGACUCAACCCAGGCAAUUACCGGCCUAUAUCCUUAACAUCAGUUUCAAUUCACAUGAUAUCAAAAGCUUUAUCUGACAAGAUUUCUAUGGACGUAGCUGUUAUAGAUUUCAGUAAAGCAUUUGAUAUGGUUCCCCACAUGAGACUAAUUUACAAACUUGAGGCAUAUGGUUUUACUGGAAAUCUCCUGAAUUGGAUAAAAUUGUUUUUACACCAGCGUUUUCAACGAAUCGUGAUGGGCGAUUAUGUUUCCUUGUGGCUUGAAGUACUUAGUAGCGUCCCUCAAGGAUCCGUAUUAGGUCCAAUACUUUUUAUCAUUUUUGUGAAUGAUAUAUCCGAUAUUGUUAACCAUCCAUUUAUGCUGAUGUAUGCUGAUGUAUGCUGA